AUGGCGAACGGCUGGAUGCACUCAUUCGCCGGCAGGGCUGCUCGAAUCGUCGCUAAGGGUCAGCCUUCGACAGUCGCGCUUGGUCUCUUCAGCUGUCGGGAACUGAAGCUCUUCGCCGGCGUUUUCCCGCUUUCGAUUGCAAGAUCUCUGACGCCUGGAACUCGCCGGACUGGUGCUGCUCUCGCCGGGAAUCCCGUCGCUGAGGCUUGGUUCUCUUGCCGUUGGAUGGCCGGAGGUCGGAGCUCAAAGGUCUCGGAGGUCGUCGGCGCGCACAGAUUCCUCGUAGCCAGAAAUGGCUGGCUCUCGAAUUCGCUGGGCGAUUUGUGAAAUUCGGAGGGGAAUUCAAGGGGCUCAAAAAUGGGAGAUGCGGCUGAUGC